AUGGUGAGGGCUGGGUGGCCCCGAGUCAUUCUGCCAUCUCCCUACCCCAUCGGGUGCCCAGCCAUGGCCAGACCACCCGCCCCAGGCUCGGUGAUUGUCCCAGACUGGCACGAAAGUGCCGAAGGCAAGGAGUACCUGGCCUGCAUCCUGCGCAAGAACCGCCGGCGGGUGUUUGGGCUGCUCGAGCGACCGGUGCUGCCCCCAGCCGUGGCCAUUGACACGGCCAGCUACAAGAUCUUCGUGUCUGGGAAGAGUGGCGUGGGCAAGACGGCACUGGUGGCCAAGCUAGCUGGCCUGGAGGUGCCCGUGGUACACCACGAGACCAUUGGCAUCCAGACCACCGUGGUGUUUUGGCCAGCCAAGCUGCAGGUCAGUGACCGUAUCGUCAUGUUCCGCUUUGAGUUCUGGGACUGCGGGGAGUCUGCGCUCAGAAAGUUCGAUCACAUGCUGCCGGCCUGCAAGGAGAAAACAGAUGCUUUCCUCUUCCUCUUCUCUUUUACCGACCGUGCCUCCUUUGAAGACCUCCCUGGACAGCUGACCCGCAUAGCAGGGGAGGCCCCUGGUGUCGUCAGGAUGGUCAUCGGCUCCAAAUUUGACCAGUACAUGCACACGGACGUGCCUGAACGUGACCUCACCACCUUCCGCCAGGCCUGGGAUCUGCCCCUCCUGCGGGUGAAGAGUGUGCCCGGGCGGCGGCUGGCAGAUGGGCACACACUGGAUGGGCGGGCGGGGCUGGCCGACGUUGCCCACGUGCUCAAUAGCCUGGCGGAGCAGCUGUGGCACCAGGACCAGGUGGCAGCUGGCCUGCUCCCCAGCCCCCAAGAGAACACCCCCAGCUGA